GGGAGAGGGGUCAACAUUCCCACCAUGGCCGUGCUUUGAGCUCUGCGUCCUUCGGCGGUCGGCUGCAAGGCCUCCAGUUCCGAUGCGAUGGCUCAUGGGCGUUGGUCUCGUGCUCACCGGGCUCACGGUGGGCACCGCCGGCAUGCACUUCAUCCGGAUCUCGGAGCUGAAAAAGAUGCAAAACCACCGCUUCGAAGGCAACGUGUUCUUUGCCGCCGGCAUGGUGAUGAACGUGAUUUUGGGCCCUGCCUUCGACGUGUCUGGCUAUGCCUUCGCCCCGGCAGCGGUCAUCGCGCCUUUCACGGGUUUCAACAUCGUGAUCAAUACCUUAGUGGCGCCCUGCACCCUGGGGGAGCAGCUGACGAAUCGGCGUCUUGCCAGCGCCGGGGUGGUCUUCGUGACCGCCACCCUGUCCAUUCUCUUCAAGAACACUCACCCGGAAGAGUGGACGCUGGAGAAGGCCGAGGCCACACUGGGGCGGCUACGCGUGAUGGUUUACGGGCUCUGCUUUGCUGGUUGGUUUCUGGUGAACGUUCGCGUCUUGGGGCACUACCCCCACGGCUCGGUGAUUCGUGGUUUUUCUCUGGGCGCAACGGCGGGCUCGCUGGCGGGGAACAUGUGGUGUACCAGAGUGGCGGCGGUAUUCGCGGCGGACUGCUUUAGCGGCAGCUGCGAGGCGUGGUCGCAUUGGAGCACAUGGGCGAUCCUGGGUGGCGCGAUUUUCUUCGCAGUGGCCAACGUGCCAUACAUGGCCAAGGGCAUGCAGAAGUACGAAGCCUUGUUCAUGGUGACCGUCUUCCAGGGCUCCAACAUUUUGUCCAACAGCCUCAGUGCACUGGUAGUGCUGGGGGAGAUGGAUGGUGAGCCCUGGUGGCAGUAUUGCGGCUACCUCGGCUGCAUCUUCGGUAUGAUGUCGGGCCUGAUUCUCUUGGUUCGGGGGGAGCAGAAUCAGCGCGUGACCUCCAGCAUGGAUCUGAAAGCUGUGCCCUUGGAUGACGAGAGCACGGUGCUGUCCAGCUCCGAGGAGGAGCCGGAGUUCAUGGACUUCAUCCACGCGGUGGCCAGGUCUCCGUACAAUCUGCCCAGCGCGCUCUGCCGCCAGGAGUCCGAGGAUGAUGGCGUCAGGAAUGAGUUCGGCGUCCCAAGCCCAGUCAAUGUCUCUGAAUGCUGAAUGGGUGUGUCUUAAGCUGUGUCUUCG